AUGUCUGCGGCCUACAACUUUCUUUGGCCUUCGCCAUUAGACGCGAAGUUGGGUGUAAAGGGGCUAACGGAUUCCCAGAAAGCAGCAAAGGAAACCAAGCAGAUUACUGGCGGAAAAGGUGUGGAUGUUUUUAUCAACAAUGCUGGCUUAAUAGCAAAGCCCGCCGCUUUUCGAACAUUGGAAGAUUACUAUGAUUUGGUGGAAGUAUUCGACAAGGACUUGUACGAUUGUUUAAAUAUCAAUGUUAUCGGGGCCAUCAACGCGACUGCAGCAUUCAUUCCCCUGGUACGAAAAGGAGCUUUCGAAAAGGUUAUCGCAAUAUCCAGUGGCAUGGGCGACCUUGACUUUACUAACGAGCUGGAUAUGGAUAUGGCUGUGGCUUACUCAAUAAGCAAGGCUGCCAUGAACAGGGUCUGA